ACGUGGAGGCUCGCCGUGCUGCAGCCGGGCCUCAAACAGCUCCCCUGGCCGCGGGGCGAGCUCUGGCCCGCCUCCUGCCCCGCUGGGGCCAUUCAGCUGUGUUUUUUUUUUUUUUAUUUACCACUUGCAUGGCUUUACGCCCACGGGAGGGCAGCCUGGGGGGGGUCCCGGCAGGACCCUCCCUCCCCAGGGCGGAGCAGCCGCGGCCCAAUGGUCCUUGUUGGCGCUGGAAGCUUCCAGAGCCGGGCGAGGACUGGCGAUGGAAGAGGAGGCGUGGGCCGACAGUAUCAACCAGGCCAAUAAGAUGGCCCUGCUCAACUGGGUAAGAGAAACCGGCAUUGAUCUGGUGCAGAUCAAUGGACAGAGGCGAUACGGUGGCCCCCCGCCAGGCUGGGUGGGCAGCCCCCCACCGGUGGGCUCGGAGGUCUUCAUCGGGAAGCUGCCACAGGAAAUGUACGAGAACACGCUGAUCCCGCUUUUCCAGAGUGUGGGGAAGCUCUACGAAUUCCGCCUCAUGAUGACAUUCAGCGGCCUCAACCGGGGCUUUGCCUACGCCAAGUACAGCAACUGGCAGGGUGCCAAGGAGGCCAUUGCCACCCUCAACAACUUGGAGGUGCAGGAGGGCUGCACCAUCGUGGUGUGCAAGAGCUUGGAGAAGUGCGAGCUGAGUGUGGACGGCCUGCCCACCUCGGUGAGCCAGAAGGGCCUGGAGGCUGUGGUGCUGGGGGCCACCGAAGGGGUCCUCAGCAUCACCCUGCAUGCCAGCCCUUACCAGAAGAAGGCCAAGUUUGCCGUGCUGAAAUACAGCUCACACCGGGCUGCUGCCAUGGCCAAGAAAACCCUGAUGGAAGGGAAUGUGAGGCUCUGCGGGGAGAAUGUGAAGGUGGGGUGGCUGAAACCAGAGCUGAAGGAGAAACUGCAGUUGUGUAAGGAGAAGCGUGGCAAGCACCUGGGGAGCCCCGAGCAAGUGCUGCUGUCCCUGAAGCUGUGCGACGUGCUGGACUGCCUGAACACCCUGUGCCGUCAGCAGUGCCUGGGGACCCCCCGCUUCUUCACAAAGUGUGUCCAGGUGAAACCUGGUGGGUGGCUGCAGUACUGGUGCCAGCUAGUGAUCCCAGCGUGGCCCUUGCCCUUCAGUGGGUUCCUGUGGGUGCAGGAAGAUGUGCCAAGCACCAGUGGGCAUGAGAAAGCAAAAGACGCAGUGGCACGGCUGGCUCUCAGGAAGCUAGGAUGCCUGCUGACGUAGGCAGCUGUUUUGCCCAAACUAUGAACCGAACCCGAGCCAUCAGACGUCCUGUUGCUGUCUGCAGGAGUGGAGCACGGGCCUGGUGGGGAUGUGGACCUGUUUCAGCUUUGGUUUCAGUUUGUUGGGGUUCAUUUUGAGAGCCAGCGCUGGAAGAUGGGGGUGCUGUCAUGGUGCGUGACAGCUGCCCUGUUCCCAGCUGGCACUUGGUUCUGCUCUGUUCUGGGGGAGGUAGGCCUGACCUGCCUGGUUCAGCUUUUUCCAUUUUUUAUAAAAUUGUUCUGUGUUGCUCUGGUGCAGUAGGGCCCCAGCAUAGGUCUUGGGAGAAGUUAGAAGCAGCAGCAGCUGCUCUGAAAGGCUGCCAGCAUUGGGUGUGGGCUGGGGAGGUAUAGGGGACCUUUGGGAGGUGGCCUAGCUGAAUAGGGAGACAAUGUGUGGCCUCAGCUCUCCUCCACUGCAUGUUGGGUACCCGAGCAGCAGCCUCACUUUGGUAAACAGGGGACACCCCCUUGGCUGGGGGGGUCGCGCUUCAACUAGGAGAGUGGCUGUGGGCUCUGGAAGGCACAGAGCCAGUUGGGCUGCGGGAAGCAGCCGGGGUUAUUGGCCGUCAUGAAUGAGUCCUCUGGACCAAGAGGACUGGCCGCCAGCCACCGAUUUGGUAUUAAAGUAGCCUGGAGAGCACCGUCUGUGUAGUAUUUCUUGUCUUGUCCUGCCGCAGUUUUCCCAGAGGGGUCUGAUCCUGAGGGUGUGCCCGGGCUCCCCCUGCGUCAGGGGACAGCAUGCCUUCCAGUCACUUGGCGAGAGCAGAGGCCGCACAGACAGCUCCUGCCUCGGCCAGUGGCCCCCGGGGGACUGAGCGCCCUGCCCCUCACGUGCGGCCUUGCUGCGCCUUCGCCUCGUCCGUGCCUGCAGCCACCCAGGGCAGGAGGGCGGCGGGCAGGGCCCCGGCUCCGCCUCUGAGGCAGGGAGCGGCGUGCUCAGGCCUUGAGGCGUGCGGAGGAAGGGAGUAGCCGUGGGCCGGCUAUAGCCCAGCGGUUCCUUCGGCUGCUUGCAAUGGCUUUCGUUCCUCUGCCCCGGCAGGGGUUCGAUCCCGCGGGCACCCCUGGCCCACUUCUUGCUCGGGAAUAUUUGCCCGACGUUCUCCACAUUUUCCUCCUGCUCGUGUUCUGCCCAUUACAUUUCAUCCGCCUUCUUCACUUUUAUCCUCUUCUGACCUCAUCCUGUGCCCUGCUCGCGUGCUACGUACCAACUCUGUGCCUAUGAAAAGUGCACAAACAACCAGGGGAAGAUGUGACCGUAAUCAUUUUAUUCACAGAAUCACAGAAUGGACGAGGUUGGAAGGGACCUCUGAAGAUCAUCUGGUCCAACCCUCCUGCUGAGGAGGAUCACCUAGAGCACAUUGUACAGGAUGGCAUCUGGGCGGGUUUUGAAGAUCUCCAGAGGAGACUCCACAACCUCUCUGGGCAACCUGUUCCUGGGCUCUGUCACCCUCCCAGUGAAGAAGUGCCCCCUCAUACUCAGCCAGAACCUCCUGUGCUUCAGUUUGUGCCCGUUGCCUCUCGCCCUGUCACUGAGCACAACUGAAAAGAGACUGGCUCCAUCCUCUCGACACCCUCCCCUCUGAUGUUUAUACACAUUCAUGAGGUCUCUCCUAAGUCUUCUCUUUUCCAGUCUAAACAGGCCCAGUUCUCCCAGCCUGUCUUCAUACAAAAGGUGCUCCAGUCCUCUCGUCAUCUUAGUAGCCAUCUUCUGGACUUGCUCCAGUAGUUCCAUGUCCCUCUUGUACGGAGGAGCCCAGAACUGGGCACAAUACUCCAGGUGUGGCCUCACCAGGGCUGAGUAGAGGGGGAGAAUCACCUCCCUUGACCUGCUGGCAACACUCUUCCAAAUGUACCCCAGGAUCCCACUGGCCCUCUUGGCCAUAAGGGCACAUUGCUGACUCAUGGUCAGCCUGCUGUUCACCAGGACCCCCACGUCCCUCUCCAGAGCUGCUCUCCACCAGGUCAGCCCCCAGCCUGUAGUGGUGCUUGGGGUUAUUCCUCCGUAGGUGCAGGACCCUCUACUUUCCCGUGUUGAACUUCCUGAGGUUCCUCUCGGCGCAUCCCUCUGGCAGCACAGCCCUCUGUGGUGG